AUGGAAUGCUCAAUGAAUGUGACAAAACCAUGUUCAGUUGGCCAGACCCGAUGUGCUGAAACUGAUGAAUGUGUUCCUCUGACAUAUUUAUGCGAUGGUGACAGUGAUUGCGCUGAUGGUUCAGACGAAUCACAUGAUGUUUGUGCUCGACGCUCUUGUGCAAGUAAUGAAUGGAAAUGUCUUGCCAGCCAUCAAUGUAUAAAUAUCACAGCUGUCUGUAACGGGAAAUAUGAUUGUCUCGAUCAAUCGGACGAACGGCAGCAUUCACAUCACGGUGGAUCAUCUUGUGAACAUAACGAGUGUCUUAAUCGCACCAAUUGCGGUGAUAUGAAUUGCCAACAGACCCCAUCCGGGGCUCACUGUUACUGUGGACUUGGUUAUGAAAAAGAUGUCAACAAUAAAAGCUGCAUAGAUGUGGAUGAAUGCAAGUCAAAAGUCUGCGAUCACAUUUGCGUCAACUCGCAUGGCUCCUUCAAGUGUGCGUGUUACCAUGGUUACGAGUUAGUCCAUCACAUUUACUGUAAACCAGAUGGUACGUCAAUGUUCUGA